AUGGCUGGUAGAUUUGAUGAUGCUUAUGGAGUUAUGAAGGCUAUGGAGAUGGCCGAUUUUGUGGCAGAUAACGGUACUUUUAGUCAACUUGUGUUUGGGCUCUGCAAGGAUGGGACCUUGGAUGAGGCUUGUCGAGUCUUGGAUUGGAUGAAAGAGCUGGGGUGCACUCCUAAUCUCAAGACAUGGAAUAUUUUGAUUGAUGGGCAUUGUAAGGCCAGGGGGAUAGAUCAAGUGCUUAGUUAUUUUGAGUUCCUGGUGGAAAGUGGUGGUUAUGCCGACCGUGAUGUUCUGGACGCUUUUGUCAAGACUCUCUGUAGUCAAAACAGAAUAGAGGAUGCCCACAAUUUUUUGCGUAAAAUGAUAAAUAAAGGCUUGAAGGUUUGGGCGGGCACAUUAGAGGAAUUGCUGCAGAAAUUGAUGAAUGCAAAGGGGUUGCAAGAUGCCUUAAAACUGCUAGAUCUUAUGGUGAAGCGGGGUUUUCCAGCCAUCGUAGAUCCUUUAUAUAAUAUUUUUGCUCAGUGUGGGACAGUGGACGGGGCUCUAGAUUUCCUGAAUAAGUUGACCAGAAACGUCCCUAAGUAUGAGGCUGUUAAAUUAUACUCUAAAAUGCUUAAUGGAUUUUGUGACGUAGGGAAAAAGGCCCAAGCUCAGAUAUUAUUUUCCCGUUCCUUUCCUUAUGUUUGA